GGCGCCGCCGCCUCCUCGUCCUCGUCCUCCGGCUCCCCGCACCUCUACCGCAGCAGCAGCGAGCGGCGGUCCGCCACGCCAGCCGAGGUGCGCUACAUCUCCCCUAAGCACCGGCUCAUCAAAGUGGAGAGCGCGGGUGCUGCGGGGGAUCCCCCGGGAGGCGUGUGCUCCGGCGGCCGCACCUGGAGCCCGACGACCUGCGGAGGCAAAAAGCUGCUCAACAAGUGCGCCGCCGAGGAGACCGGAGCCGGCCAGAAAGACAAGGUGACCAUCGCUGAUGACUACUCAGAUCCUUUUGAUGCCAAGAAUGACCUCAAGAGCAAAACCGGAAAGGGGGAAAGCGCUGGCUACAUGGAGCCCUAUGAAGCGCAGAGGAUCAUGACGGAAUUCCAGAGGCAGGAGAGUGUCCGGUCCCAACACAAAGGCAUCCAGUUAUAUGACACCCCUUAUGAACCCGAAGGCCAGAACGUGGACUCAGACUCGGAGAGCACUGUGAGCCUUCGGCUGCGGGAGAGCAAGCUACCCCAGGAUGAUGACAGGCCCGCCGAUGAGUACGACCAGCCUUGGGAAUGGAACCGGGUCACCAUCCCCGCCCUGGCAGCCCAGUUCAACGGCAGCGAGAAGCGGCAGUCUUCCCCGUCCCCGUCUCGGGACCGACGGCGCCAGCUCCGUGCUCCUGGAGGAGGAUUCAAGCCCAUCAAACAUGGGAGCCCCGAGUUCUGUGGGAUCCUGGGAGAGAGAGUGGACCCCACUAUCCCACUGGAGAAACAAAUAUGGUAUCAUGGAGCCAUCAGCAGAAGUGAUGCCGAGAACCUGCUGCGACUCUGUAAGGAGUGUAGCUACCUUGUCCGGAACAGCCAGACCAGCAAGCACGACUACUCCCUCUCCCUGAAGAGCAACCAGGGCUUUAUGCACAUGAAACUGGCCAAGACCAAAGAGAAGUAUGUUCUGGGUCAGAACAGCCCCCCUUUUGACAGUGUCCCGGAAGUCAUCCACUACUACACCACCAGGAAGCUACCCAUCAAAGGGGCGGAGCACUUGUCCCUCCUUUACCCAGUGGCUGUGCGGACUCUGUGAAAGGACCAGCCUCGCCCUGCUCUGUGACCAAGCCUGAUACCUGGAGGAGCCGGCAGGGCACCGGCCAGCUCUCUGUGUUGCCGGCAGUGCCCAGUGUGUGUCGUGUGUAUGGUACUAGCACACCACUGCAUGUCUUAGAAUGCUGUUGUCACUUACAGGGUUGCAGACGGCCUGGAUGAAGAGGGACAGCCUGCUGCCACACCACCCCAGCCCCUGCCCCACCCCCUCCUCGAGUUUCUGUGAAUUAAAAUAUUUGCAAUCCAAAGAGAUGCCUUCCAGGGUGAACAAAGACGGAGCUGCCCCAGUGGUGGGUGGGGCCCAGCAGUGGGCGGGGCCCAGCCCUGGCCCGCAUCUCUUUGUUCUCCAGGUGUCCGGAACUCACCUGGGUAUGGACGAGGUCUUCCCGUUGGUGCUGGGAGCCCAGGAGGCCCUGGGAGCCACCCCUCUGGUACAUGUGUGCGUCUCUGGGUAUGCAUAUGGAGUGUAAACACACAAGAGACCAUGUCAUAAACCAGAGGAAGCUCCAUCUACUUUUAGAUGUACACUCUGUAAUCGUUAGAUGUCAAGGAACCAUUGUGCAGUCGAAGAGGAUGCAAUUAUUUAUGAAUAGGGUGUGUAAAUAAAAUAGUCAUUUAAUAUA